CACAAGCAUGAUGAUCAUGCCCAUGUACACGAUCACGCACACAACGCAACGACAUCACACAAGGUAGAAGGGAAGCAUUCUUUCUUCACGGCGUACUUUUUGGACAACUGCGAGCCGGGCUCGCUGGCGCAUGGCAUUCUGAGCGAGAAGGACUCUCGGCGGAUUGCAUAUUUCACAUGGCGAACGACUCUGCUAACUCGUCACAGCCUCAACUUCGGUUUUAUGCUGGUCCAAGGAGUCUACGGCUACCUCAGUGGCUCCCUUGGCCUCCUCAGCGACACAGUACACAUGUUCUUCGACUGCCUCGGGCUGGUUAUUGGACUCGGAGCCGCCGUCGCCAGCAAGUGGCCGACCUCGCCCGAGAAACCCUACGGAUGGGGCAAGCUUAACACGCUGGCAGGAUUCGGCAAUGGUAUCUUUUUGAUGCUGGUCAGUGUGGAGUUUGUAUGGGAAGCGAUGGAGGGUAUCAUGGAGCAGAAGGAGAUAAGAAGGGUCGAGGAACUGUUGGUGGUGAGUACGAUGGGGUUUGUGGUCAACAUGAUCGGGCUGUUCGCUUUUGGGCAUGCGCAUCAUGGGCAUGAUCAUGGACACGGACAUGGACAUUCUCAUGGGCACGACGAUCAUGCCGGACACUCGCACGGCCAUGAUCACGGACACGAUCACUCUCACGAUCACUCUCACGGCCAUGCUCACGACCACUCUCAAGACCACUCCCACGACCAUGCGCACGCUCACGACCACACCCAUACAAACGGCCACACCCACGGCCACCACACCCCCAUCUCUCCCAGCUCUCUCACACCAGCCACCGCAAUGACGCUGUGGAAACCCUGGUACGGCUGGGACCCUCUCGCGACAAUCCUCAUCGCAAUUCUCAUCUUCGCGGCUGCGGUCCCGCUCGUGAGCGGCAGUGCGCGGAAACUACUCCUCGUCGUACCGGACGAUUUGGAGUGGGGCAUCAAGGAGAUGUUACAGGGGUUGAGGGAGGAGAGAGGGGUGGUGGGGUAUAGUGGGGUGAGAUUUUGGGUCGAUGAUCGAGAGGAAGGGAGGGUCGGUGGGGGACCGAGGGUUAUGGGUGUGGUGCAUGUGAUUGCGAGUCCGGUGGCGGAUCUGGAGGAUGUCCGAGGGAGGGUGGAGGAUUUCGUGGGGGAGAGGGGGAUGGAUUGUGUGGUGCAUGUGGAGAGGGAGGGGGAUGAGUGUUGGUGUGGGGGUGGG